AUGUCUGCCACUCCUUUAGCCACGGACGCGUCUUACCAGCCAAACCUCCAACACAUUAAACUGUCUACUAUGCAAAAAUAUCAUCAACAACUACAGCAAAAGCAGCAGUUACAUCACAAUCGAAAUCAACAUCACCAGCAUCGUGCAAGUGAUUCAGCCCAGGUACCACAUAAUAAACCAUCCAGCACAAUUUUCCAACAAAAGUCUCAUCAACAACAUCAGCGUCGAAAAAUUAACCAUAUCCAAGCAUCGUCACCUCCUCUUCCUCCUCCUCCAGUCAUUAUCAAAUCUUCGCGCACAAACACAAUCGUCUCCUUCACUCUCUUUUUUCUUCUUUGUGCUCUCAUCACCUACUGGUACUACAAAACAACUCUCCUGAAACGCAAACGCCGAGCAUCCUUGUCAUCUUCUGCAACCCAGCAGCAAAGCUACUAUACUACUAAACCAAACAAGAAAAGUAAACGCAGCAGCGGCCGUAGAGCUUCAGCAUCUUCUGUUCCUCCACCUCCUCCACGGCCACCAACCCGCCUUCAAAAACUCAUUGUUAAGGUCCAGGCAAAUCAAUACGUAGCCUCAGUGACCACCUCUGCACAAUAUCUAUACGCCAUGGUAUCUGACACAAUUUCCGGAACUGUCGACCUGGCAUCUACAUCUGCUCGUCAAAUUUACGAUGUGGCUUCUGAAAAGGCUUCCACAGCUAUUGAAGGCAUCUCGGAUAUGAUUUCAGGAAUCAAGACACGAAAAGAUGAUGACUUGCUUGAUGGUGAGAAUUUGAUUGACUUGAAUGCUGAAAGUUUUGAAGAAGAAGAAGAUGACGAUGAUGACGACGACGAAACUGAAGAAAGUGAAGAAAGUGAGGAGGAGGAAGAAGAAGAAGAGGAAAAGGAAGAGAAAGAAGAAGGACAAAAAUUAAAUGGGCAUCUUGAUGAUGUUAGUGAAGCCGAGGCUGAGGUCGAGGCCGAAGAAGAUGAUGGUGACGAUGAAGUAGAACAAGGGAAUCAAGGGGUGGAAAAAGACAAAGAAUAUGCAAAAAAGAAAAAGGAGGAAGAAGAAACUAUUGACCCAAUUAUUACUCAUACUAAGCCAAAAAAUUUCAUUCCCAACACUCUAGACAAUGAGCUGGCCAAGGACCAACCUUUACCUAAACUUACCAAUGGUUCUAUUGACCAUGUUGUUGCCAUUCCUGCUGCUGCUGCUGCUGCUGCUGCUGCUGCUUCUGUUGCAGAGUCUUCAGCAGAGCCCGUUUCCCAUGCAACAACUGCUACCCCCUCUCCGGUAACCACUCCAGAGUCCACACCCCCUCCUGAAACCCCAGAAUCGGCUACUUAUUCUCUCUUUACUUCUACCCCUCUUCCGGCUCCAAACUCUGCUGUUGUGGAGCCUGAAGCUAUUGAUGAGAAGCGCGCGCGUAAGUUGCGCAAGCAAACCAAGGCUGCACACAAGCGUGCACUGGAAAAGAAGCUUAAAAUUGCCAAGAUGGGUGGCCUCUACAAUGAAGGCAAUACAUGCUUUAUGAACUCCAUUGUACAGGCAUUGGGCUCACUUGAUUCACUUGAUAUGCUUCUGGAUGAAAUUGCCAACGCAGCUAGCGAUGAUAUGGGCUCGAUUGAAGGCAAGAAAAAGUACCUAUCUGCCAAUGCUACUCUUACUUUACGUGAUUUGAUUCACAAAAUCAAUACAAAGUCUACAAGCAAGCACACGUAUUCCGCAAACGACCUUGUCAAGUCCAUGGGCUCUAACUCCGAGCGCUGGAUGUCAUAUGACCAAGAAGACGCGCAAGAAUACUUCCAACAAGUCAUGAACUUGCUGGAGCGCGAUACAAAGAACAUUUUGCAUGAAAAGGACGAGGAUGAAGAAGGUAAAUCUAAAGAGGAAACAAAUAAUAAGCACCCGCGGUUGUUGACUCCCUUUGAUGGUGAAACAGCCGUACGUGUUGGGUGUCUAAAGUGCGGCGAAACUGAAGGUAUUCGUGCAGAAGUGGUGUCAAGUGUUGGCUUGAGUUUGGAGGCCGACAUGCGCGAAACUGACUUGUAUGAACUUCUUCAUGAGUAUACAAAGUUCGAAGUCAUUCCUGAAGUUGAAUGUUACCGAUGCAGUUUGGUCAAUAUGAAGCAGAGCCUUAUUGACAUGGUUUCAGGAAAACCCACUAUUGCUGAAGACGGAACAAUACAACCAGCAAAGGUUCUCCCACCACUACUCAAAGAUCGCAUUGAGACUCGUAUUGAUCAAAUCACUGAAGCUCUUAAGCAACCUGUCAUUGAUGAAAAGAAGUAUAAGGAGUUCCAGGCCAAGGGUGCCAAGGAACGUGGAGACAAGUCUAAGCAAAUCAUGUUUGCUCAGCCCACUGCCCGCAUUUUGCCAAUUCACAUUAACCGAUCAGUUUUUGAUAUGCGGACAGGAUACUCUCGCAAACUGACAGUACCAGUCACAUUCCCAGUGAAGCUUGAUUUAGCGCCGUUUGUUGUGAAUGACGUUAAGGAUCCUCGAAAUCUUAACCCACGCAAGCCCAUGAUUCCUACUCGAGCAGAAGCUGAUGAGAGAGGAGUUGAACACGAGGAGGGUGAAGAUGAUGACGAAGAAGAGGAGGAGGAAGAAGAAUCUGCUGCUGCUCACAGUGAGACUAAGCAUAAAAAGCAUCAUCAUCAUCAUCAUCAUCAUCAUCAUCAUGGUAAGCAUAAGAAGAAGGCUGCAUACAAACCCCAGUCCGACUCGUUGCUGUAUAAUCUCAAGGCUGUGGUUGUACACUUUGGGUCUCACAACUUUGGUCAUUACAUUUGUUUCCGCAAGUGUCGACACAAUUUGUGGUGGCGAAUCAGUGACCAGACAGUUUCCCAGGUUACUGAAGAGCAAGCUUUAUCGCCACAGGGUGUCUUUAUGUUAUUUUACGAGCAGGAGUAUGAGGGCAAGCUGCGUAAGGAGAAGUUGAAGCAGAAGCGUGAUGCCCUGUUACAUGAGGAGGAGGAAAAGAAGAAGGAAGAAGAGGAGCAUGAAAGAGUGCUUGAACAGGAAGAGGAGAAUGAAGAAAACGAAAAAUCAGCAGAGGCUCCGGAGGCUGGUGAUGCACCGAGUGAGCUCGUGAGUAUUGAGGAGGUUGAGGAAGACGAAGAAGAGGAGGACGACGAAGACGAAGAGGAUCUCGAUGAGGACACGGGCAAGACCACGGGGGCCAGCCGCACGAAGCAGCACGCAAAGAAUAGAAGCAAGACGGAAUAA